CGCAAUUCGUCACUCUUGCAGAACUUUCCCCCUGAAAAUCCCUGCACCAGAACCAGCCCUCCCGCCCCGGGGAGGUUUGGAUGUUAGUGGUUUUCGUUCCUUUUUAUGUUCCGUUGUGUGCGGAUCUUUCUGCUGAGCGAACUUGCAGCUCGACAGAGUACAUGUCAGCGGCGAUCGUGCCUGCAGCCGGUUACCCUGACACUAUGCACUCGGAAACCGAAGAAUCUAAGGAAGUGGCCACAGAUGUCUUUAACUCCAAAAACCUGGCCGUUCAGGCACAAAAGAAGAYCUUGGGUAAAAUGGUGUCCAAAUCCAUCGCCACCACAUUGAUCGAUGACACAAGCAGCGAGGUGCUGGACGAGCUCUACAGAGUGACCAAGGAAUACACCCAGAACAAGAAGGAGGCUGAGAAAAUCAUCAAAAACCUCAUCAAGACAGUCAUCAAGUUGGCCAUCCUUUACAGGAAUAAUCAGUUUAAUCCAGACGAGCUGGCACUGAUGGAGAAGUUCAAGAAGAAAGUCCACCAGCUUGCGAUGACGGUGGUCAGUUUCCAUCAGGUGGAUUACACCUUUGACUGGAACGUGUUAUCCAGGCUGCUGAACGAGUGCAGAGACCUGCUCCACCAGAUCAUCCAGCGCCACCUCACUGCCAAGUCACACGGACGGGUUAAUAAUGUCUUUGAUCAUUUUUCAAAUUGUGAAUUUUUGGCUGCCUUAUAUAAUCCCUUUGGAAAUUUUAAACCUCACUUACAAAAACUUUGUGAUGGAAUCAACAAAAUGUUGGAUGAAGAGAACAUAUGAGUAUGUGAGUUAAGAUUGUGACUGAUUGUGAUUUAUUUGAAGUUGGAGCACUGCUGAUUCAUGAAGGAACAAAAGAAUUUUUUUAAAAGUUUAUGCAUAUUUCAGAAAGACUUUGCCCAAUUCAACUGUCAGACAUUAAUGGUAGUGCUUUCAUGAGGUUUUAUUUGAAGAAAACUUUGCCAAAAGUUCUGGCUAAAAGCUUGUUAAUGGGUGAGAGAUCAUGAGAAAAUGUAUGGCUGGUAAUGCACAUGUAGAGUUAUAUAAAAGAGAAACAAGUACGGCUCCGAACUUUAAGAUGUUUUUAGGGCAGUUAUUGGUGGCACAUUGGAUAUUUCUGAUAUGUACAAAAUUACAUAUUUUGUUUCACUUUUAUUCCUUACUAUGUAUAUGCUCUUUUAUGAAGCCAAGAACUUUUUCUUGCUGUCAUUGCUCCUUUUGAACCAAUUCUAUUUUCAG